AUGCGUCUACCGGCAGCCAUUGUGCUGUUAUUGCUGUAUACGACCAGCGGAGUGGUUGGACAGCCUCAGAUAAUUAAUCCUGGCGCAGAACCGGAUUCAACGACAUCGCUGACAACUACCGAAAUUACCACAACAACAACAACAACAUCGUCGUCAGCUGAGACGACGACAACGACAACGUCUGAAAUUACAUCUUCGCAGACAACGACUGAGAGUAGUUCGAGUGAAAGUACGAGUUCGUCGAUACCGACGACGGAUACUUCCAGUUCUACUGAGACUAGUACGAGCACAAGUAGAAUUGAUUCAACGACUACGACGGCGGGAACGACUACUACGACAGAAAGUAGUAGUAGCACUUCAUCACCAUCAUCAUCCUCGUCUGAAUCUUCAACUACAGAUACGACCACAACAGCCGAAGAACCGAGUACUACGACUAGCGAAACUACGACUAGCGAAACUACAACUAGUGAAACUACAUCUUCAUCUAGCACUUCAGAAUCAAGCUCGUCAAGUACUGAAACAGAGACUUCUACGACAGAAACAACAUCGUCUACCGAAUCUAGCACGACGGCUACUACAACUGAGCCAACUCCUACAUCUGAAACUUCUACUACAACUGAGCCAACUCCUGCAUCUGAAACUUCUACUACAACAGAGACGACUAGUACGACAGCUUCAGGGACGAGUACGACUGAGUCCGAGUCUGAGCCUUCAACAACGACGACAACUGAAUCUUCUACAACUUCUGAGGAGAGUACUAGUAGUAGUACUACCACUACGCCUGAAUCAAGUACUACUACUUCUGAAUCCACGACUUCUGAAUCCACAACGGAAAGCACAAGUACGGAGACUACGACGUCUACUACUGAAUCUACAACUGAACCUACUACGACGUCGGAGAGCACGAGCACAGAGACUACGGCAUCUACAACUGAACCUACUACAACUGAUACUACGACCACGGAACCAACCACGACCGAUUCAACCACUGAAUCUAGUAGCACAACAGAAUUGAGUACCUCUGAAACUACUUCAGAUACCAGUACUUCUGAAACUACCUCCGAUACCAGCAGUAGCACAACGAGUACGACAUCCGAAGAGACAACUACUACUGAUUCAACAACUACUGAAACUGAUACCGCAACCACCACCUCAGAUUCUACGACCACUGAUACCACAACCUCAGAGUCAACGUCGACCACAUCAUCCUCGACUACGCAGGGUACAGUUACAGAAUAUGUCUUCCCUACCAAUGGAUGUAGUGUCCCCGGCGCGCGAUGCCACUUUUAUUCCAUGGAACUUAAUCCUACCGUCUACUUCGUGACCACCAUUACUGUCGAUGAUUCAACCUCGACAAAUGCUCCAAAUGCUACCUUUCAAACUGUCCUUGGAUUUUCAACCGAAAACCCAGAUAUCACGACUAUUCAGCCUAACAAUACCAUCCUGAGUAACACUGGGAACAUCAUCCCUUCCUCUCUCGCCACAGCCUCGAACACUGAUGAUAUAACCCUUGUGCUUCCUACUACAUAUCAGUUCAUCUUCGGAUACAACCUCCCACUUGGUAGCACGCCAACUAAUGAUGAUACAGCAACUGACUCGGUUCCAACCGCAACGGAUGAUGUUGGGUUGCCAACUACAAGUACUGAUGUCUGCCCUGAAAAUACUGUUCUUGUCACGAUCCCUGCAUAUAGCGAGUUCACACUUUCAGUUUUUAAAGGCUGUACUCAGUAUCAGGCUUUUCUUAACUUCACUCGAACCUUGGCGAUAACUACAAAAACUGCGGUUGUUAUCGAAACAAAGGGCAAAGAUAGUAUUGACGGUUUCGGCACACCAGUUACGAAGCCAAAGGAUAACCAAAACGCCGUCCCACCGAAUAGUAAAACUCAAGAAGGCGCGACUAGAAUACCAAAUUCGGGCGAUCCUAAUAGGACUCAAGGGCUUGGGCCAGGCCAGACUUCAAAUCCUGGAGAAGACAGGCCGAAGUCACAAGGAAACCCCAAUCCGAACCCGAAUGAGCAGCCGACGAGGGGGCCAAAUAGGGGACCAAAUGAGGACAACAAUACUCAAUCUCCAGGCCCAGGACCAGGCCCAGGACCAACCAGGGGGCCGAACGAGGAAAACAAUACCCGGUCUCCGGACUCACCUAAUCAAACCUCUCCAGGAGGACCUAAUGAGCAACCUACAAGAGGGCCAGGGCCUACGCCCCUUCCGAACCCAAACCCGAAUCCGAAUACAACUGGUGGGUCUGGCAGGCCUGCAUCACGAACUUUCAACCCAGACGACUUCACGUUGUUGCUGAUGCCCACACCCUCCCGACUUGCACCAGGCCAAACGGUCACCCCUGGACCUAAUCCAACAGAAACACGCCCGCGCGAUGAUGGACCCUUCAUUAUGCCCGCCCCAAGGGUAACGACCAUCAGUGGAACCGAAACGACAACCACAAGUUUCGUGGGGGUUACUAGAGUGCCAAUGACCACGGUAGUUAGAAUGCCAGGCGGAGGCAGCUCCACGCUCACUCUUUUGACUGAGUCGACAAUUCCCAUAACUUCCUUCCAACCUCGGGUUUCCGCCGAGCCGGUGGUCACUACGAUAAAUGGCCAGACAACUACAUUCCUCACCGUGCUAUCGGUGUCAGCGAGACCCACGGUAGUCCCUGUUACUACUACAAUCAACGGUCGUCAAACGGUUCUUUCUUCUACCUUCUUCCUUCCGGUGACCGUACCAGUGCCUCAAUUCACCCCAUUCCUGACUACAACAAUCGGGCCUACAAUCAUUAAUGGGCUCCCGACAUUCGGCCCAAUGGUGGUAACACUUGCUCCACUGACAAGUACGACUUUACUGACAGAUAUCGUAUCUGGGAGAACGGUCCUUCGCACGACAACCUUUAUCCUACCUGCAACGUCUACUCUACCCAAUCCUCGUAUCCAAACGUUAAAAAUAUCAACAGUUAUCGACGGAACAACCACCACCGUUAACUUCCCCAUAUCCCUCUCAGCCUUUUUAACCACUACUGUCGGUACUACGACCGUUGACGGAACCCGAAGCGUAUUUACCAGUACUUUCUUCGUGCCACAGGGCGUUCCGAUUCUCAAUCUCCCAUCUGUUAUCCUCCAGACAACAACUAUAAACGGCGAUGAAACCACACUCUCUGAGUUCUAUACCAUCAAGCCCGUUAGCGUCACCACAACCAUCAACGGCAGAGAAACCGUCAUACUAGUCCCAUCUGUUGUCCCUAUCACAACACCUAGAACCUUCUUCUCCACCUCGUUCCUCAGAACCACUAUCAAUGGGCGCCCAACAUCCAUCCCAGAAGUCUAUUUCCUCAAGCCAACAACUACGACAACUGUCGUCGAGGGCAGGACCAGCAUUAUUCAAACUACUACUGCUGUAUUGGUCACAACUGCCUCACUGCCAGAAAUCACUUCAACUCGCAUCCCAGGGUUCAAUACCACCAUCCCCAGAAAUACCACUUUAUCGAAUUCUACGAUCUCGGCCGCGCCAAAGAUCACGCCUACAAUGAGCAUUCCUCUCCCACCCGCCCCUUCUCAGACAGGUGCUGCAUCGAGCAUUGGUCUCGGUAGCUUACUUACUUGCUUGGGAGCUUUUUUCUCUGCAAUGUUAAUGACUUUCAUUUAA